UAGACGAGGCUUUAUAAAUAUGUAUAAGUCUAUGGUCGCGAGACGCCGCAUGCCUGCCCACAUUGGCAGUUCCUGUGUUCCAAAAUUCACUGCCUACAUUAAAAAUGUACGGUAUACGUUACGUGCACUAUUGAUCUUCAAGAGUAAAUUUUGGAACACAGCCAUUAUAUGGGAUUUUGAUUCUCACUGACAAACUCACGUUAAUUUGUUCGCCUCAGUAAUGCAAACUUUGAAUCUCUAGGUCUGUUUGCCCCAACAACAUAUCGUCAUUUUAUUUACAAUUUAAGUGAGUGUAUUGGUCGUUGGGACAAGCUGGAACAUGUUGGGGCAUGCGACGCGAAUAGAUCUGUUAGGCAACGCGUGGAGGAGAUAGGGUGGAGGGUACCGGACGGCAUUAUCUUCUUCUAUCUUCUACUGACUGACGAGUGCCGAGCACUAUCUCCACUCUAUCCCCUUCACGUGCUCAGUAGCCUGGCAGAAAAGUUUCGAAGUUUGCAAAGUUUGCAUCGCUAAAACGGGCCAUAUUUCAUGUAUUCCAAACUGUGAGAUUUUGUGCAAAACCACAAUGAGUGUGAUGAAGCUCUUUACUUUGGUGAAGGUCGUGUACGCUAUGUUGGUGAUCACCCUGCUGCUGAUGAUGUGGGCGUCCGUGGCGUGGAUGCACGAGCUACCGGUCCAAUAUCCGCCGUGUUUCUUUAAUCCGCUCUGCACUUGCUCGAAAGCCAUACCGGAUCUCGGCAUAGUGGCAUGUUACAAUGUACCGAUGCCGCGAAUACCGCAGCCGAUUAACUCAUCCAAAGUGUUCAUACUGCAACUAGAGAACAAUGAGCUGAGGUUUCUGCAACCACAGUAUCUCAUAAAUACUGGUCUCUAUAAACUACAGAUUAAGCAUAAUCCUCUGGCGGACAUUCCAGAGGAAGCCUUUCUAGGUCUCGAGAGAUCAUUAUGGGAGCUUGACUUGUCCUAUAAUCAACUCGCAAGCGUGCCGAGCAAAUCAUUUAGACAUUUACAAAAACUACGACUUCUCGAACUCACAGGCAAUAAGAUAUCUCGCAUUUUGCCGGAGAACUGGCGUGGUUUAGAGAACUCCCUUCAGACUCUACGUCUAGGAAGAAACGCGAUCGAGAAACUGCCAGCCGAUGCCUUCGUCGGUCUCACGUAUUUAGAAGUCCUUGAUCUUCGAGAGAACAGCCUGAAGGAGAUCGAUCCUUCGGUGUUCAGGGACGGAAUGGCACACCUCACGCACCUUUAUCUCAAUGACAAUCAGCUGACAUAUGUGCCGUACGGCCAAUUAUCCUUAUUGAAACGCAUGAAGGUCCUCGAUCUCAGUUACAACAGGAUAUCGAAGAUGCUGCAGGCCCAACAGGAACCGGAGAUCAGAGGUAUACAGAUGUCCCUGGACGUGUUACAGUUGGACUAUAAUCAGAUCGAGACCCUCACGUCCGGUGAUUUUCAACACUUCUACAAAGUCAACCGCACAUAUCUUAGAGGCAAUCCUCUGAUGACUAUCGAGGAGGGUACAUUCAGAGACUCGCGCAUUCGUGAGCUAUAUUUGAGCGACUGCGACCUGCUGGAGAUUAGCUCGGCCAACUUAGCCGGCCUGGAACUGUCGCUUGAGUUGUUAGACGUGUCUGGAAAUAAUGUAACUGCACUGCCUAAUCAUCUGUUCCAAGAGUUCGAUUUUCUGCGUACGCUCGUCUUCCGCGAGAAUCGCAUCGACACAUUUUCGCCAAUUGAUGUUUUUAAUGGCUUCCAAUAUUCCUUGUAUAAUUUGGACCUCAGCGGCAAGCAGAACGGCAUGAUUUCCCUUCAAGAUCUGCGACAAAUGAGAAAUUUACGUUUUCUCUCGAUCUCCCGAAUGCCACAGGCGAUCUUAUCAGCGAAUGAUUUCUUAGAAUUUGGUAUGGACAUCAAAGAACUACGAAUAGUGAAUAGUAAUCUAAACACGAUCAAGGGUCACGCUUUCAUGCACGUUCGCGGAAUCAAACACCUCGAUUUUUCUGAGAAUUCGAUAUCGACAAUAGAUGACGAAGCUUUCUCGGAGGUGGGCUAUUCUCUGUUGACGUUAAGAAUGUCUCACGGCCUCUCCUCUACAAUUUCUGAAAUACCAAAUCGACCGUUCAAGUCAUUGACGAAUUUGCAGCAUCUUGAUUUUAGUAACAACAAGAUACGAUCUUUACCUGCUACGUCCUUCCAUUUUUUGAAAAGAAUUAAACGCAUUGAACUUCAGGAUAACGAAAUCGACAACAUCCCGAAGGGUACUUUUCAGGGUGACAUUCAUUCGACACUGGAAGAGGUCAAUUUCGCAUUUAAUCAAGUAAAGCAUCUACAAACUCAUACAUUUGUUGAUCUGUCGGCCCUAAUGACGAUCAAUCUAGAAGACAACACCAUCGAGAGGAUCGAAAGACGGACCUUUAUGAACAUGAACCGACUUAAAUACAUCAACUUGCGCGGUAAUAAGAUUAGAGACAUCACCGAUGAAGCCUUCCAGAAUUUACCGGAUCUUGAGUUUCUUGAUCUUGCAUAUAACAAUCUUAACGAAUUUGACUUCGCCUCCUUCGAUCAAGUGGGGACAUUAUCAUCAUUUAAAGUCAACGUUAGCCAUAAUGAAAUUUCAAGAUUGUGGGUAAAUACCACCAUUUUCGCAUCUCCGCCCAUCGUUAGCGCCAAUGUGCAAUCAAACAUCAAAAUUCUGGACUUGAGUUACAAUAAUAUCUCCAAUAUCGCAAAAUAUUAUUUCAAGCCGGUCGAAUACUCGCUUACUCAUCUGUAUUUGUCGAACAAUCAACUGAGGAACAUCACCCAGGGUGUCUUUGGCAACAUGCCUCACUUGCAGUGGCUCGACUUGAGACAUAACAAGCUGACGGAGCCAGACUUUGACUGCUUCAAGAACACGAAGAACCUGCAAGUGCUACUCUUCUCCUGGAACGAGAUUACGGACAUCCCGGCGGAGACUCUGAGACCCCUAAGGAAACUGCGCAUCGUGGAUUUGUCUCAUAACAAGCUGAGAACACUGCCGGAUAACAUGUUCAUGGAUUCCAGCAUAGAGAGUCUUGAUCUUUCGCAUAAUCAAUUCACGAGGCUGCCUGUCAAGAGCAUGUCGGUGACUUCUACCGCGAGAUUAGCAAAUCUGGACAUGUCCUGGAACAUCCUGUCGGGGAUCCACACCACCGACACGAUAUACAGACUCAGAGGUCUUGUAUGGUUAGACCUGUCGUACAAUCGACUCGUUAGAUUAGACGACGGCGUUUUUUCCGAUCUCCCAUAUUUGGCUCAUCUCGAUUUAAGCCACAACAAGCAGCUUCUUGUGGAAAGCCGCGGAAGGACAUUUUACGGUUUGGAGAACACACUUAUGUAUCUCAGUCUGAGCAAUAUUUCUCUCUUGAGCGUUCCAGAAUUACCUCUGCGACGAUUACAAGCCUUACAUCUGGCGCAUAACGAGCUGGCAUCGAUUCCUCCGGAAAUGUCGUCGAAUCUGACAUCUCUUCACCAUUUAGAUUUAAGUUUCAACGAUUUGACAGUGGUACCGUUGAUCACUCACUCGCUGCCGAAAUUAAAGACCUUCAACUUGGCGGACAAUCCCAUUGCUGCCAUUACAAAUACCAGCUUUCUCGGGGUGGCCGACAGUCUCGAAGAGCUCGACAUACGAAGACUCGCUCUGUCAGUCUUCGAGGCAGGUGCGCUUUGCAAGGCCACCAAACUCCGCAAAUUGCACAUCACUGCGUAUAACGGUAUAAAGAACUUCAACUUUCCCAACAUCCUGCAAUACAAUCACGGCUUAAAGCAUUUGCUCAUUGAUGUGCAGAAUGACACCAAUCUAGAGAAGGAAAUGAGAGGGAAAUUACCCAAUAAAUUGUAUAACAUUACGUUGACUGGUAAAGCUUUAAAGAAUAUACAUUCAGAGAUACUGCAUGGUAUACGAAACCCUCAUCUUCACUUCGGCUUGUACAAUACCAGCGUGACGACCGUGCCGCGAGAAAUAUUCAGAAAUGCACAGCGUGUGCGUAAUGUAACUGUGGAGAUUCACAAUAGCGAUACUCGAACAGUGCAUAAUCCGUCAUCCGGUUACAAGCCUGGAGUGCCGGGUGAGCGAUUCCUCAUGAAGCUUCGAUUAGCGGACAGUCAUCUCAAUUGCGAUUGCGAUAUCGGAUGGAUAGAAGUGUGGCAAAGGAAGCAAAGACAAUAUCAAGAGGACCGAUGUGUGUCUUACGACGAAUUCCAGAAUUUCGAGCGAGAGGAAGGAGACGAAUUCAAUUGUUGGGACAACGGAUGGGAUGAUGAUCUCCGCGAGACGUUCUGUCUGAACAAAAACAAUAUGUCGUUGUCGAACUCGUUAAAAACGGAGCUGGAAUGUGGUUGGAGCGCGGCAAGUUAUAUCAAGUUGAACACUAUCGUUUUCUUGGUGUUCUCAAUCGUCUUAGCUGUCAUUUAUUAAGCGCCUCGUUCUCGACUUCAUGGCUUUGUAUUCAAUAUCCUCCAACUGAUUUGCGAAUUUUAUCGUACCAGACAGGUGUCGUAAAGAAAUGAUUAACAACUAGAUUAUCACGCAUGCUCAUAAAUUUGUACAAAGGAAGAUUAAAUCGCAAAUAAAAAAAUUUUUGUAAGGGU